GGCUCGGCUCAGAUUCAACGUUGCUGUGGCUGUGGCCUAGCCUGGCAGCUAUAGUUCUGCUUUGACCCCUAACCUGGGAACUUCAAUAUGCCGCAAGCGCAGCCCCUGAAAAAUAAACAAAUUGUUAAUGGCAAACUUAUGUUUGUGUGUGGAGGCAAGAGAUGGGGCUAGAAUUCAUCAAUACGAUGCCAUAUUUUACUUUUGCAGUAUAAACAUAUGGUUUUAUAUGCUUUAUUUCUUAUCAUUUUGAUGAGUCACUUUGCCAUUUAUGACUUAAUCAAGAAAUCUUUUGCAAAAUAUAAGUACCAUGGUGAAAGCAUAACAAAUCAUUGAUGUAUCAGUAUCAGUGAGUUUUUAGCAGUGAGUAUACUGGGUAGGUAAGGUGUUUCAGUGUGGAGGCAGGUGGGUUAAAUUACUUACACUGCACUUAUUUCCCUGGACCUAUUAAUUGUAAGUCCAUAAAACCUUUUCAUGGAAUAAUUAUUACAUAGCUCAUUUACUAGACAGAGACCAUAUGACUGCCUGUAGUUUGCCAUGAAGAGACAGACUCAGAAAGGAAAAAGGUCUCAGUCGAAAUAUGCCAGAUGAGAUCCUUGAAAGUAGGGCAUUUGAUUUCCUUGGUAUAAAUCCCAUGAGAAAACACAGGAAUAAUUUAGACCCAAUCAUGACACAGUAGAAGUAAUAUUUAUCUACUUUUCCAACUCCUUGUCUUAUCCGGUAUUGAAACUUAGAAACUGUAAGUUUCUAAACAUUUUGCAAAAUCCUAAUUUUAUUCUUCCAAACAAGGAUAGUGUCCCACAUUUGUACUCCCCAGGUAAAUUCAGUUGAGAUUUAUAUUGUAGAGCUUAUUGAGGUUGAGAUUCCUUAUGAAAGUAGAACAAUUUGGAAAUAGAAUGAAGGUUCCAGUUAUAACUUCACCACCACCCACCACCCCAAAUGCCUUGAGAUAGAGCCUAGCCAUUGUGGAUGGUGUCAGAAAUCUAGAACUACACUGAGGGUCACCUGAAAAAGUCAUCAUAGAACAGUUCCACCUUCUGUACAUGUGGUUUAGAAAUGUUAAAGAAGUAUGUUGAUUAUAUAAGUGCAAAGCUCUAAGGAAUUGAUAUAUAAAGGACUUUGAAUGGAACUUUUUCAAAAAAAAGAAUUAAAAAGAGUAGUUGACCCUGUUUUAGUGAGGGACAGAUAGUCUUUUGCUUUAAGAAUACUUUUGACUAUGAAUUUUUACAGGGUAUCACAGACAAAUGUUGUUUUAUAUCAAGGCUUGGUUUUUAGGUUUUAAAAAUUCAAGAUUUUAAAAUUUAAAGAAAAUCAUAGCAAGUAUUUGGGUGGCUGAGUGAUUGGAAGCAUCAAAGGCACACUUAAAAUAUUGGUGAUUUAGAAUAGAAGUGUUACCUAUUUUAAGCUUCUCUGGGGAAACAGCUUUCAGUAGCUGGCUCAAUAGAACCUUAAAAUUAUUGGGUUCAUAUUCCCCCUGUGGGAUGAUGUGUUGUCACUCUAACUGUCCACCUUCUUUCACACGGACAUUCUGCUUUCAUGCCUCACAGCAUCACAGCCAAGGAGGCUGUUGGACAGACAUUGUUCCAAGUUAGACAACCUUGUAGAAUGUUGCCACUGACCAUAGGGUUGGUGUUCAUCCUUGGCACUUACAGUUUUUCUGGAGCUAGUUCUUAGACCAGCUUUGAAACAUGAGGAAUUUGGAGAAACUGGGUAGGUUGGUUUUUGAAUUUUUUUAAGAGCUGAAUGUGAUGGCAUUUGCAUCAUGUUGGCCCACUUCACUUUAGAACCCUGCCUCUGGUGAGCUUGCCUUUUAAGAUCUUUGCCUGCAGAUUCUGGACAUUUAUCUUUUCUUAUGUGGACAUGAUGUUAAAGGUGUAAGAUGUUGAUUUUUUUCCUGGGGAGUUACUCACUCUAGAUAAUCAAUUUCUUAAAGAAGUUGCAAGAAUUUCAUCAAACCGCCAGUUCACUGUUUUGGUUGCUAAAGAAAGAGUUCACCAGAUGAUGCUGUACUGUCAAAAAUGAGUGAAUGUAGUUUCCUUCAUCACAUGGAACAUGACUUGUGUUUGUAUUCUAGAUAUUAAGAUUAGAGCCACAUAUUCCAUUAUACUUUAUACAUUAAAGUAUUAGGAAGACCAUUUUUCUCCCAAGCACCCCAGGGCUCCUCCCCACUACAAGUCUGGGUUUCAAGACAUACUCAAGAAGUGUUCUUAGUUGAGGGGGAAACCUAUAGUUUUUUUAAAAUAAAAAUUGUAUAUAUUUAAGGUAUGUACCAUGAUGAUUGAAUAUACAUUUACAUAGUGAAAUGAUUACUAUAGUCAAGCUAAUUAAAAUAUUCAUCUCCCCUUAUAAUCAUUUGUGGUGAGAGCACCUGAAAUCUACUUUCUUAGCAGAUUUCCAGUACAUUUGACCCUUGAACAACAUAGGUUUGAACUGUGUGGGUCCACUUAUAUGCAGAUUCUUUUCAGUAAUAAAUACUACAGUACUACAUGAUCUGCAGUUGGUUACAUCCACGGAUAUACAGGACCUCACAUAAUGAGGGAGGACUGACUAUAAAUUGCAUUCAGAUUUUCCACUGCAUGGAGGGUCAGUGCCCCUAACCCUGGCCUUGUUCAAGGGUCAGUUGUAUGCAAUACGGUAUUAUUAACUCCAGUCAUCAUGAUGUAUAUUGGAUCCCUAGACUUAUCCAUCCUGUGUAACUGCAACUUUUUAAUUCCUUGAGAGGUUCUCUUAGAAGAUGGUAAAUAUCCUAUAGGUCCAAAGUCUUAAGUCCAGUGUCAAAGCUUUGCUGUGUUAAUGCUCUUCAAUGCACUUACUAUAGAAAAGUAUUUAGGAAAUAAACUCAUAGGAAAACUCCAAAUAAACAAAACAUAAUAUCCAUAUGUCUUAAGAAUAUAUCCUCUUUUCAAAUAAGACACAAUGUAUUACUUUUAAACUAAAAAUGCAUUUCCUUCAAAAGGAGUGCCAAAUACAUCCGUAAAGAUAGAGUCCUGGCUUAGCAGGCAAUUGAGGUUCUGUUAAGCUCCUGUCUUAGUUCUACAUUGUUGUUGAUGUCUAUUAAGAAUACACACACACACGCACACACAUAUACACCUUUUUUUGCCUAUCUUGUUAAAGCAAUGCUAAUCUUCAAAUCUUUUGUCUAGGCAGGAGAGCACUUGCAGAGGAACCAUUUUCCAACCCAUAACAUCACAACUGUUUAAGUAAAUAUUUCUACAGGUCCAUGUUCUCUUACCUGCGAUUCCUGAAAUCCAAGAAGCUCUGAAAAUCAGAAGGUUUUGUCAUUUAUAUUGAUGACAAAACCUGACCUGAACUGAUGUGAAGUUAAUGAGUCUUUAUUUAUCCCAUCUAGGAUGAAUGUACAUGUAUUUCACUACAGGAUUGUUAAUAUGUCUGAUUGUAGGCUGUUGCCCUAGACCCCACAGGAGGCAUUAUAUAAAUCACAGUGCACACAGAGUAUUAUCUUUCUAAAAUCUGAAAGCAUUUGAAUUCUGAAAUGCAUCUGGCACUAGGGGUUUUAGAUAAGGGAUUGAGGACCUAUAAUCAAAUAUUAUGGUUUCACUUUAUUACUAGGGAGCUGCAAGUAUAAUAAUAAUAGUUUUAGGCACACAAUUUCUCAUGAACUAUUUUCUAAGAUGAGAAAAGUACAGAGAAAGAGAGAAAAAGGACAUGGAGCAAUUUCAGGAUCAGAGGUUCCCAGUGCUAUUUCUCAUAAUCCUAGGGGCUUCAUGAAUCACAAAAUGAAUGGAAUUCAGGCAGUGAAAGGAACCACAAAGGUUUGGUGCAUGCUCCUAUGACGUGGGUAUAUGUACACCUACACACACACAUGCACACACACGUUUGUGUGUGUCCCCACUCAUGUAUGACUAUAACUGUCUUCAAGCAAAGGCAUCCAGCCAGUGUCCUGUAAGGGGUCUCUUCCACACACAGGGACAUAAUGAGGGUACCCAGGGGAGUGCCAUGUUUAUUGUUGCUCCAAAAUGCUGUUUUAUGUAAAUGUGUGUUAUGGCAUAUUUCAUAUUUUUGCACAAAUGUUUUAGAUUGUAGAUACUGCUAAGCGUAUCUCUACCUGAGAGCUACUCAUAUUAUUAGAACUGAACACAGCAUUUAUAGAAGAUCCCCAAAUCAGGAAUUGCAUUUAUGGAUCCUGAUUUGCUCUGCCUUUAGAGUCUUAAUGAGAAACUAAAACCCUUUUAUAAAAAUCUAAAUACAACCUUAAAUGUGUGCUUUGUCAAUGCAGCCUGCUAGCAAUUGCGCCCAGUAUUUUUGUGAUGUUUUGAUAAAUGUUUUAUGUCCCUUUUGCUUUGUACUUUGCAUGUACAUGUCCAAACUCUAUAUUUUGUGAUCUCAAAUCAUUGCUGCUACUUUCUUGGAUUUAGCUACCUUGUGCCUUUUUAAGACUAUAUCAGCUGGCUUGUGCAUCUCAUGUUUUAGUAAUAAAAGAGGAAGUGUGGUCAAAGGUAAAGGUUUAAAUUUGGGGGUGGCUAGGGUAGGGAUGUAUGAAUUUAAUAAGCUAUAGAUUUUGUUAAAAAUAAUAAGCAGUAAUGACCAUGGGGUUAAAAGUAUUCUCUACUUGUAUGUCCAUUUUCUUGUUACACAGAAUAUGUUUAAAUUUUUAUUGUUAAAGAAUUUGCCUUGGAGUAAAAUAGGUAGUAUUUUGCCAUGGUGCUAGCAUAGCCCUGCACAUUUUUACUGUCAUUUUUAUUUUAAUUUAGCAAUAGACACUCAGGGGUUAAUAGAAAUUUAACUUGCUCUUUAUUGGACAUCUGUGUCAAAUAUAUGGAAUUUUGGGGGUUACAGUUAUAAUAGACUCUAGUGAUUUCAUUUGUCUAUAGAAAAGUCCCAGGGACCUAUGCAGCUAUUUUGGUUUUUGCAGCUUUUAUGAUAAGUCCUUAUAAUAUAGACUACUGAUUUCUUCUCUGUAUUCUGCUCAUUGUUGAAAAGCCAGAGCUAUUUUUAACAUUUACACAGUUUCAAUAGACGAUUCUUCAUUCCACAAGGUUUGGUGCUAAAUCUGUGGAGCUUUUCAUAAUCAUAUCCUUUUUGUGGUUUGCUUGAAUUUGAUCACAGUGGCUGAUUUCAUGCAUUGAUAAUGAAGGCUUAGGUUGCCUGUUUCUCGGCAUAAAUCCACCUCAGACUUGUAGGUUGACAGUGCUUCUGGUUUCAGCACGCAUGGAGAUAUAGAAUUGAAAUUGCUCUGCUUUCUUUACAAAUGACUCAGAGUGUGCUUGUCCUUCCCUAAAAUGUUGCCAGCGUGUAAAGGAUUUUCAAUGAGCAGUGCAAUAAGCCAGCAUCUGGGAAGGUUUGGAGCUGCACUGAUAUAGCGUGGUACUGUCACACAGAUAAUCGGGGCUGGAGCCAAGUCCCCGUAGCCCCGUGCGUUACACUGGUCACAUCCUGGAAGUUUUGUUUAUCCAACUUGGUUGCUCUCAAAGCUGGUGAAAGCCCUGCCAGAAUGUGGAGUGGACUUCCUAGCAGAGGUAGUACAUGCCACACUACUUCCCUUCCUGCUCUUGUGCGCACACCUACCCUGAUGAUGCAGCCUUCGCUGGAUAUCAAACCAUUUAUGUCUUUUCCAGUGGACAGUAGUUCUGCUGUUGGGCUCUUUCCAAAUUUUAACACUAAAAGAAGAGGCUUAUUUGGGACCAAUAAAUUCUGCCAGAUGGAUCCUGUGCAAAAAGCAGUUAUUAACCACACAUUUGGAGUGUCCAUUCCCCCAAAGAAGAAACAAGUUAUUUCUUGUAAUGUCUGUCAGCUUCGCUUUAACUCGGAUAGCCAGGCCGAGGCCCACUACAAAGGAAGUAAACAUGCCAAGAAGGUCAAAGCACUAGAGGCAACGAAAAAUAAACCCAAAAUGGUUUCUUCCAAGGACAGCGCAAAGGCUAAUCCCAGCUGCUCCAUCACUCCAAUCACAGGCAACAACUCUGACAAAUCAGAAGAGAAAGGAAAGUUAAAAGUCAACAGUUCCAGUCAGGCGUCAAGCUCUGAAGGUGGCUCAUUUCUCCUCAAACCUGGCACAACACCCCUGGCACCUGGAGCAGCCACUUCUCCCUCCAAGAGCACAAAUGGAGCUCCUAGUACCAUUUCUGAAUCAGAAGAAGAAAAAGCCAAAAAAUUACUUUAUUGUUCACUAUGCAAAGUGGCUGUGAACUCCCUGUCACAGCUGGAGGCACACAACACAGGAUCUAAACACAAGACCAUGGUCGAAGCUCGCAACGGGGCUGGUCCAAUUAAGUCCUACCCUAGACCUGGAUCAAGAUUAAAGAUGCAGAAUGGCAGUAAGGGCUCAGGACUACAGAACAAGACAUUUCAUUGUGAAAUCUGUGAUGUUCACGUUAAUUCAGAAAUUCAACUCAAACAGCACAUUUCUAGCCGAAGGCAUAAGGAUCGAGUUGCAGGGAAACCAUUGAAGCCGAAAUACAGCCCUUACAACAAACUCCAGCGGAGCCCGAGCAUUUUAGCAGCAAAACUUGCAUUCCAGAAAGAUAUGAUGAAGCCUUUGGCCCCGGCCUUCCUGUCCUCGCCCCUGGCGGCAGCCGCGGCGGUGUCCUCUGCGCUGUCCUUGCCACCUCGGCCAUCGGCCUCGCUCUUCCAGGCCCCAGCCAUACCUCCGGCUCUGCUGAGGCCAGGCCACGGUCCCAUCCGCGCCACUCCCGCCUCCAUCCUCUUCGCUCCCUACUAGUGUCCGCAAGUCCCCAGUCGGUUGAGGCCAGUAGGAAAGUAGAGCAGGAAAGCCAAAAGGAUCCAGCAAUCUGAGCAUUUUGUGUUGCUGUGCCCCACCCAGCUGCCAAACGCAGCUUACCACCUGAGCCCCAACGCCAAAGAGUAAGUCACCAGAUUCAAGAGUGCGUUUAGGGGCCACCCCUGUCAUUUCAGGAUCUGAGCAGCACAAGCUUUAUCUCCCUCUUCCCUCCCGCUUCCCUACCCCAUCCAAUUUGUGUAUCUGAGGUAUUUGGUUUCUUGCAAAUGUAUUGGUCAGAAAAAUACAUAUAUAUACAUAGACAUAUAUAUCAUUCUCUGACUAUUUUUCCAUGGGUGUGAUCUGGCUCAGAAACAAUAUGGAAUAUUUUCCUGACAGACUUGAAAACUAGGGUCUUCCUCACACGUCUGUAAAUAAUCCUGGAAUCCAACUGGGCACAUUCUAGUGUGGAACAAAAUUAGAUGAACACAAGUGCAUACUUGUGGAUACCAUCUUACCAACGGAUCACAGCAUUUUCUCUUUGGUGUACUCUUGUUGACAGGGAUUGUGUACUGUUUAGACCCAAGUACUGUUGUAUCCUGUGUAGUACUAGAUCUGUAUCUCUUGUCUGAAUUAAACGUUUUUAGUUGCUGUGUAAAUGUUAGGAAGCAAAGUAGCUUUGAAUUUUCUCUUUAAGAGAACAAAAGAUAAAGUAAUGUAUUUUCUUUAUUUUACAUUUUAUUUGGUGAUAUUUAAACAAAAUAGAAAGCCAUAUAGCAUAGCUCUAAUUACUACCUGUCUGCUAUUUUUGUUUAACUUAUUUUGUAGCUUCCUCACCAGUUUUAGUUGCAAAGCAAAUGUAUACAAACAGAAAAAGAGCUUCCUGAAUUGCACUUUUUUUUUUUGCACCUCUUGCGCAUUCUGCAAGAAGACAAUGAACCAUGUAUUUCUACGUAAUGAUCUUCUUCAUUUUUAACCUGUUUUCAUUUGUAAUGAUGCUACAUAAUUUUGUGGCUCCCUAAUGCAAUAAUGUACAGAAGAUAAAAAAAUUUAUAAUUGAACAGUUUGUCUUUCUGUUCACUGAAGAUGUUGCAGGUCAUGCUUUCAUGCCCCCCUUUCUAAGCUGAUAUCAACAAGACUAGAAUGUUGUGAUAUCAGGGGCAAGAGGUAUCAUAAGACAGCAAAAUAGAGUGCACUCUUUUAGAGCAUCUAUAUCUGCAAUCUGUAAAUGGUAAAAUGUCUGUGUAUUUUUUUAAAUGUACCUUUUCAAUAAAAGUAUAAAAAAUAAAAA